CCUUGUUCUUUUUAUUUAGCUAAACCAUGUCCAAAAGUAGCAGAAGUAACACUCAUCGGCAAGUGGAUGUCGAUGCUUACGAUAAAGAUCGUUUUGUUCUAGAAGAAGGGACACAAGACUUAUCGGGAGAGUUUAAUACCAGAAAAUCUGAAGUUCGUAGAUUAUUAAACAUCUCUAAUGCUCCCGAAGCUUUAAAGUUUUGCUUAAAAAACCCGCUUUACUCAGCAGAUCGGAAGACGAAAGAUGAAAUGGUUAAACUAGUCGUUGAAAUUUUAAGUUCUAUGAAGAAUACUGAGAUUAACAAAUUAGCUGCAAGUUUGUCUUCCGCAGAUAUUGAUAUUUGCUUAAAGUACGUCUUCAAAGGAAUGGAAUUUCCCGAUUUUGCUGCGAGCUGCAGCGCUAUUCUACUAACAUGGCAUAAAGCCCUUGUGGAUGCCGGCGGUGAAGGGGCCAUCAUGCGGGUGUUGACAGAUCGAAGUCACUGCGUUUAA